AUGUCGACCCGCGAGAGUACAUUAUUGAGUCCGUCGUCGUAUUCUGGUUUUGACACGAGCCGAUCGAUAGACGAGUCGGAAAAUCAUAUCAUUAUCUCACUUGAUUACGGUACAACGUACACCGGAGCUGCCUGGGCAUUGACCGAAGGCCGCCCGCUUACCCUCGCAGAUAUUCACGUAGUGAACAAUUGGCCGCCUGUUGCAGUUGAGCCCAAGGUUCCCUCGGAAUACACCUAUUCGCGGCAUCAGGAGGGACAGCACUGGGGCAAUAAUAUUGACCGCAAUGCCAAGAUCCUGCAGAGGACAAAGCUGGAACUUCCGAUCCAACAGAAGCCCCAGGCCAUUCGCCUACUUGCGGAAGCAAUGAGUGAAUUGCCACGGGUCAUGAGCAAUUCCCACAGGGACGGCGCCUCGGCCUUGUUCCCGCUGCAUCUCAUCAAGACUCCAGGCGAAGUCGUUGCGGACUACCUCGAGGAAGUAGCAAAGUAUGUUCGGAUAGACAUUGAGAGUAUAAAGGGAGAAGGAUCUUGGAAGCAUUUCCGGAUUGAUCUGGUCGUGACACACCCAGCGGAAUGGGAUGAUCGAGCUAGAAAUCUCACUUUUAGAGCUAGUCAAAAGGCGUUCGACAGGGAGUUCGAGCAUCAACCCCGGAAGCUGAGACACACAUACCUCGUCACAGAACCAGAAGCGUGUGCGCAGUACGCCAUCAAAGAGUCGCAAGGUGACAACAUCCACGGGCUAAGAAUGGGCGAUUGUUUUAUUGUCGUUGAUGCAGGUGGCGGUACAGUGGACCUGGUUUCCUACUGCGUUGAAACAGUCGCUCCAGCAUUUAGUGCUUCCAAAGUGACGAAUGCCACGGGUGCCUCUUGCGGAGCCACACGCAUCGAAGACUACUUUCUCGAAAACUUCUUACGUAGUCGGCUAGAUCUUGAAGACUACGACAGGCUUCGCGAAAAACCCGAGAUCGGUGGUACUUCAUCAUAUGGUCCUCUGACGAGGGAAGCAAAGAGGAUGCUAUCAGACUUUGUAGCAAUCAAACACUCCUUUGCAGGUCGCGACGAGACAGCCGACGCCAUGGCCGAAGCUGUUCCAAUCGUGCUUCGACUCCCCGAGCACGUUGAGGACCGUGAGAACCGUAGCAUGGGAAGGAGGAAUGGAGAACUGAGGAUCUCUCAGGCUGAGAUGGAGGAGAUGUUUGAGGACCCCGUUGAAAAAACGCUAGAGCUCAUAAACGGCCAGCUCUUGCUUCUCCACGGGCAACAUCUGCAACCAAAAGCCAUUUUCCUCUCGGGCGGCUUUUCUCGCAAUGCUUAUCUGCAGAAGCAAGUGAAUAGAUACGCUCACUCUCACAGGAGAAUGGACGUGAUUUGCGGCCAGGAUAGUUGGUCUGCUGUAGCCAAAGGCGCUGUUCUGAUUGGCGGCGGUGAUGACUCCCUGCGUCCACCACCUGUAAAUUCUGUCCGAGAACACGUCGGUAUUCAGAUCGCCCCUUUCUUUGCAGCCUACGAUCACGAUGAAGAUCAACUAUACUACGACAGCUUCGACCACAGCAAGCGCGCGCGGGACAAUAUCAAGUGGCUGGUGGCCAAGGGAGAUUUGAUCCCUGAUGAUGAACCAAUCGUAAAACACGAAAUGUUCGUGAGAAAAGUUGCCCACGAUUCGUACCGAAAGCGAUCCCUAGUCAUAGUGCGCGACCCUGGAAUUGGUGUACGUCAUCAAAGAAGUAACAGACUUCAGGAGAAGCGUUACGGGCAAAUUGUAGAGAGCCUCGAGUUUGACCUGAAUGACGUGAUAGAAGGGAACAAAUGUACAAAGAAUCAAUUGGAAGAUCUCAAGAAUGAGGGUGUGUACAAGAUUGUGAGGAAAACCAAGGAAUCUCCACAGUAUCACCGAAUCGAGAUGCAGGCUGAAAUUCAGAUCAAUUUCGCAUCGGUGCAUGUGAUCCUAAGCUGUGGCAAGAAGUUUGGUCAUGAUGGAACCAUCGAACGUCCCGGGAUCGAGCUGCUUAACCAGUCUCUGCCAUUUAAUGGUUAA